AUGGAGGAGCAAUACGUUUCCAAACUCCACCCAGUAGUGGAUUAUGGAGCUGGGGUCUUUCUUCUGAUCAUAGCCAUCCUGACAAUCCUUGGAAAUUCAGCCGUCCUUGCUACCGCUUUUCUCCUGAAGUCACCGGAGCUGCUUACAGUCAACUUGGCAGUAGCAGAUAUUGGAAUGGCAAUCAGCAUGUACCCGCUGGCCAUUGCAUCUGCCUGGAACCAUGCUUGGCUGGGAGGAGAUGCAUCCUGUAUAUAUUAUGCCUUGAUGGGUUUUCUUUUUGGUGUCUGCAGCAUGAUGACCCUGUGUGCCAUGGCUGUGAUUCGAUUCCUUGUUACGAAUUCAUCCAAAUCUAACAGUAACAAAAUCACCAAGAAGACUGUUCGCAUCUUGAUUACUUUCAUCUGGCUCUACUCCUUGCUCUGGGCCAUUCUGCCCUUGGUAGGCUGGGGCUACUACGGCCCUGAGCCAUUUGGCAUCUCUUGUACCAUAGCCUGGAGCAAGUUCCACAACUCCUCCAAUGGCUUUUCGUUCAUCCUGAGCAUGUUCCUCCUGUGCACAGUCCUGCCUGCACUGACCAUCGUUGCCUGCUACUUGGGUAUCGCCUGGAAGGUUCAUAAAGUGUACCAAGAGAUCCAGAAUAUUGACAGGAUCCCUAAUGCAGCUAAACUGGAGAAAAAGCUGACCUUGAUGGCUGUGCUCAUCUCGGUUGGGUUCCUGAGCUCGUGGACACCGUACGCAGCAGCCAGCUUCUGGUCCAUAUUUAACUCCAGCGAUUCCCUACAGCCCAUUGUAACACUGCUGCCCUGUCUGUUUGCCAAAUCUUCCACAGCGUAUAACCCUUUUAUUUACUACAUCUUCAGCAAAACUUUCCGUCGUGAAAUUAAACAAUUGCAGUGUUGCUGUGGCUGGCGAGUUCAUUUCUUCAGCACCGACAACUCUGCUGAAAAUCCAGUGUCGAUGAUGUGGAGUGGGAGAGACAACGUACGUCUCUCUUCAGCUGCAAAGGUGGAGAACCAGGGAGCUGCAACUCCCUGAAAUGCAGC